AUGAGAGUGCGUUUCCGUCCACUUCAAUGUGGCUUUCGAAUCGUGACAAUCGACGGCGGAGGCGUACACGGAAUUAGCCCGCUGGUGAUGUGGAAGUACAUACUGCUAGGGCUGCCGUUCGGCUUACGGCUAUCUGAUUAUGUCGACCUGAAAGUGGCGACCAGUAGCGGUUCGAUCGUUGGAGCGGGGCUAGUAAUUCAGGAGAUGGAGCCUGAUGAGUGUAUUGACAUGUUUACUAAUACUGCAGGCAAAGUAUUCCAAGAUAAUGCCGCCUGCACAUUCCUGUUUUCCGUUACUUUCUAUCGAAAGAUCCUUCGCCAGUGGCUAUAUGGCGCUAAAUAUAGUAGAGAUUGCCUUUUAAGUGCUCUGCAAGGCAUCUUUGGAUGUGAACAACUACUAAAGGCCGCCGCCGACCCUAAGUCUGUGAACAAUGUUCGAGUGGCAUUUACCAUGACCGACUUUAGGACCAAGCUGUACCUAUUACGCAACUACGACGAUGUUACCGUGGGCGCUCAUGGUGAUGCUAUUUACAACGACGACGGAAAUCGCAAGGUCGUGGACGCGUUGGUCGAUGCCUGUGCGGCACCGACUUUGUUCAAGCCGAACAAUAAUCGUCAAGACGGUGCAUUUGCAGCAAACAACCCAAGCGGGGUCGCCUUGGCCGAGCUCAAUCGUUUAUCCUUGAGCUCUCGAAGAAUGCUGGACUUCUCGAUCAGCUUUGGAACUGGUCGAUUUGUUCGAGAGGACCUACAGCCCUACCCUAGCUGCUUCCCGUGGUUAUGUCCGCAGUGGAUCCCUCGACUAGGGCGGAGUGUGCUUGAAAGUUUCUCUGCGAGCCGAAACUACCAGCGGCUACAAGAGCAGCUAACCGUCCAAGAAAGAUCCAAACAUCAUAGACUCGAUCCUUUAUUCGUGGGGCGCCCAAUUCCGUUGGAUGCUGGAAAGGCAGUGAAAGAGAUUAAACGCCUAACAGAAGAAUUCAUAAAACACGGACUAGACGACCAAGUAGUUCAGGAUGUACGGUUGGCUCUAGUCGCGACAGGCUUUUACGCAGUUGCUAGAUCAUCCCCGACAUUCGAUGGACUGAAGGGUGUAUACUCUCUGAAUAUCGCCAUCGUUUCUCGUUGGAAUGACGAUGCGGAAGCAUCUUUCAAACUUCGAAACUAUCUCAGAUAUGCACGAUUCUUUGUGCAGGUCACUGCGAGGACACUCGACGCAAUCAUGGACGCUCAGCUCCAGCCGAGCAAUAGUAAAUCUCACAAUAUCAACUCGGAAACGUAA